ACGAGAGCCAAAGGAAAAGUGUUACUGAGUACUUGAGCGUGGGAGAAUGGAGUCUCGAGAGAUAGGUGGUGAUGUGUCCUAAUAAACUGCCCUGCUUUGAGUGCUGGUUCAACUGGAAGAGAGGAUGAAGAGGAACCGAAGCUGGGAGAGAAUACUGGAAAAAAGGCAGGUCAGACAGGCGGGGCAGGGGCAGCUGAGGGGCGAAGCACGGUUGUGGGAGGCACAGCGAGACAACUGCACGGGCCAAGCCGAUUUGCCUUCAGCCCACCAACCAGCGCCGAGGCCUUAUCCUUAGAUGUAAGGCAUCAAACCCGAUUCGGAGGGGAUGGCGGGCC